UAUAGGUCUCUCCAUCCGUUCCAAUCUCCAGUUUAGAAGCCACCUGUCUAGAGAGAGAGAGACGAGGGCGGCCGGAUCUCAGGGCCCCAAAAUCUUUGUGCCCGGGUGGUCCGGCUUCUCCAUCUUCAUCCGAAAACCGCUGGCCGAGGAAAUGUCCAGAGUAAAACCCUGCCUUUUCCUGCUUCUCUUCCUCCUCUGGGAUGCCGGCGUCUCCCCUCAAGAUUCGCCAGAAGAAGAUGCUCCGAUUUUGCAUCCGAACCGUGUGAAGCAGCUGCAUAAACAGAAGAAAAAGGGGAAGGGCCUCACGAGCUUGGAUGGAGGAACAGCAGGAGAAUGGACCUCGUGGUUCAACGUGGACCAUCCUGGUGGGGAGGGAGACUUUGAGACCAUGGAGGCAAUCCAGUUCUACUACCGGGAGCGGGUCUGUGCCCAGCCGACGACCAUUGAGGUGCGGACCACGGAGUGGGAGCUUCCCGCGGAUGUCGGCGAGGUGGUGCAUUUUAGCCCACAGGAAGGUUUCCGUUGUUUCAACCGGGAGCAACCCGGGGGCAAGAACUGCUCCAAUUAUCACGUCCGGUUCCUCUGCCCCCCAGAUCCCAGUUUCGGGUUAAACUGGUCUGACUGGUCUCCGUGGACCAGCUGCUCACGAACGGCCUGCGGGCUCAGCGGCUUCCAGACACGACACCGCUCAUGUCUUAACACCCCCGCUGGGUCGGCGCAUGGGCCAGUUUCCAAGUGCCCAGGAAAAUCCAAAGCACGCCGGAUAUGUACCGCUGGGCCUUGUCCAGCCCAGCCGCCAGCUUGCUUUCUCAGCUGCGAAAUGGGUGCCCCGAGUGCGGACUGCAGCCGAUGCAUCUGUCCCAAGGACGAGCUCGUCGGCGUGGUGCGGAGUGCGGACGGCGCCCCCCUUGCCAAGGCCCGGAUUUCCCUUUCCAACCAGCCCGGUGACCUGCUGGCCCGAAGCGACGCCCACGGCCGGUUCACCGUCCGGGGCAUCUGUGCAGACAGCAGCCUGAACAUCCGCGCGACACUCGACCGCUUUGCGCCUGGGCAGGCACGGAUGGUCACGAACACCUCCAGCUUGUCCUGGGUAGAGAUUGUGCUCCGUCGACUCGAAAAGGCUUACAUGGUGGUCCACCCUGAGUCGAAAGUGAGGACAGCCGGGCAAACCGUUCGGCUCUGCUGUCGUGCCCGAGGCUACCCUGUGCCCAAGAAAUAUUAUUGGUAUCACAAUGGAACACUCCUGGACCGGAAAGUCUACCGGUACAACAGUAGCUUAGUGUUGCGCGAUUUGGAGAGAAGUCAAGCGGGAUCAUACCACUGCAAAGCUGGAAAUGACCACAGUUCGAUCAAAUCCUCCAUUGCCUAUUUGACAGUUGUAGAUCCUGGGGUGCCUUCUUGCGCGGCCCAGCCAGAAGAAUACCUCAUCAAACUCCCCGAUGAGUGUUUCCAGGAGGGAACAAACUCCGACUUCUACAACGUCGGCCACUGUCCCAACCAUCGUUGUCCUAGCCAGCUCAAAGGUGGGCUCCACUGCCAAGACCCUGUAGAGCGCUGUUGUGGGACCACACGGAUGGAAGUGCGGGAGAUCCCAUGCAAUGGCUAUACUUUGCCGAUCAAAGUGGUCACGGAGUGCGGGUGUGCCUCCUGCACACAACCCAAAAUCCUGGUCCGGGGCAAAGUUUCGGCGGCUGACGAUGGUGAGCCUCUGCGGUUUGGUGAGAUCUACCUGGGGUCGGAGAAGAUCGGCUUCACCGGUUACAAAGGGGCUUUCACGAUUGAGGUGCCGACCAACACCAAGAGACUUGUGGUCAAGUUUGUGGACCGGCUGAAGAAAUUUGUAGAUACCGUGAAGGUCUUCCCUUUUGACCCGCGAGGUGGAGCUGUCUACCAGGACGUCAGAAUCAUGCGGAGGAAGAAGCCCGUUGAGUUGGAUACCUUGGAGACCAACGUCAUCCCCCUAGGAGAAGUCGCUGGAGAAGGUCCCGUUGGGGAGAUUGUCAUCCCUCCGAGAUCUUUCUUCAGAUCCAACGGACAAGCCUACAACGGGACGGUCAAGGCCAGUGUAACUUUUGUAGACCCUCGGGACAUGGCCUCCGUGAAUGCCGCCUCCAGCGAUCUGAAUUUCAUCAAUGCCGAAGGCGAUGUCCUCCCACUCAGAACAUACGGCAUGUUUUCCAUGGAUUUCUGGGAGGAAGAGGCUCACCAAAGCUUGGCCGCUGGGCCUGUGGAGGUGAAGAUGGACGCCGACCUCAUCAAGAUGCCGGGACAUCUCCAGAAGAUGAAGCUGUGGUCCCUCAAUCCGGUCACAGGCCUGUGGGAGGAGGAGGCCUCUCUCAAGGUUGUGAAGGAGAGGCGCCGUAAGCGGGAAGAGAGAGCCUUCCUCGUCGGGAAUCUGGAGGUCCGAGAGAGGCGUCUGUUCAACCUCGAUGUCCCAGAGAACCGCCGUUGCUUUGUCAAAGUCCGGGCGUACAUCAACGAAAAGUUCAACCCCAACGAGCAGUUGGAGGGAGUUGUCGUGACCCUCAUCAACCUCGAACCACGACCCGGUUACCCCUCCAACCCUCAGGCCUGGGGUCGUUUCGACAGCGUGGUGACCGGUCCCAACGGGGCAUGCUUACCCGCCUUCUGCGACGGGGGGCGAGCCGACGCCUACACGGCCUAUGUCACCGCCAACAUGGGAGGAGAGGAGUUAGAAGCUGUGCCUUCCAGCCCAAAACUCAACCCUCAAGCUGUCGGGGUGUCCCAGCCUUACCUCCGCAAGCUGGGUUACCAGCGAAGCGAUCACGAAGACCCGGCUCUGAAGAAGACCGCUUUCAAGAUCAACCUCGCCAAACCCAAUCCGAACAACAUUGAUGAGGCCAAUGGGCCCAUUUACCCUUACCGGAGCCUGAAAGAGUGCGACGAAGCGCCCGUGACAGCCAAUCACUUCCGGUUCUACCGCGUCGAAGUGGAUAAGUACGAGUACAACGUCGUGCCAAUCAAGGAGAGCGACCUGACUACGUGGACGGGGGAUUAUCUGUCCUGGUGGCCGAAUCCCCAGGAGUUCCGAGCCUGUUAUAUCAAGGUGAAGAUCGAUGGCCCCCACGAAUACAUGGUGCGUUCACGCAACGUGGGAGGCAGCCAUCCGAGGACACAGGGGCAGCUCUACGGCCUACGGGACACGCGAAGCGUCCGAGAUCUCCACAUCUAUAACAGUUCGGCUGCUUGCGUUGAGUUCAAAUGCAGUGGGAUGUUGUUUGACCAAGCGUUAGUAGACCGGACUUUGGUGUCCAUCAUUCCGCAAGGGAGUUGCCGCCGCACGAUGAUCAACAGCUACUUGGACGAGUAUCUAGGCCGCCACCCUCCUGUGGCUGAGAAUAAUGAGACCUCGGCCUUCACCAUGUUGGCCCCAGUUGAUCCCCUCGGACACAACUAUGGGAUCUACACCGUGACGGACCAGAACCCUCGGCUGGCCAAGGAGAUCGCCAUCGGCCGUUGCUUCGACGGCACCUCGGACGGAUUCUCGCGCGAGAUGAAAUCCCACCGGGGGGUCGCGUUGACUUUCCUCUGUCAGGAGAAACCAGUGGGACGGAAAAGCUUCUUUCAGCGCCUGCUCGAAUCCCCCGGCCAGACCCUCACGGAGAUCCGGCGCGAGAUGGAAGGCAACGAACAGCUCCGUGGCCCUUUACGAGCGGUGGCCUACCCCUCGGGAUUACGGACCAUGUUUGCCAGACAGAACCGCCGGGCCCUUGGCCGCCAAACAAGAGGCGAUGCCUCGCGGGCUGGACAGUGAAACCAAGGCGGGGGGACUCUCUGGACAUUUUUCAUGCUUCCGAAUCAGCACCUUCCGGUUCACAGGACCCAAAGAUACGAUUUGCUGGUCCCUGGGCGUAUACGUUGUGCCAUUUCUUCCUCCUCAGAAACCCUUGCCAUUUCAAGUCCUUCCUUUUCCUCACCCUUGCGUGGGCAAAGAGGAGCCCUCAGAUUCUGCCCUUCCCCGGAUCCUGGCUUCAUCUUGCCCAGACGAUGAGGCCCAUUUUCAGAGCCAUGGUUCAAAGCUUGGGUGGAAAUAUUACUGCUUUGCCACCUAUCGGGCCCAGGAGGUGGGGCGACCCCGAGAGAGAGAGAGAGGAAGGAAGGAAGGAAGGAAGAGAGGGGCAGAAGAGAGAGGGGGUGCAGGGUGGUCUUGGGGCCCAAUCCACCAGAGCCUUCAGCACGGACCUAUGCUCUUCGCCCUUGAGUGAAUGCAACCCUCUAACUUCCUAGGGAGAGCCUGUCUGUU